UGAUGAAACCUCAGUCACAGAUUCGAUUCUAGGGGAGUAUAUGGUCGAUGAAAAAACUUCGAUUGAUUGGCUUUCAUCGGGAGCUCCGUGGUGCGCGCACAGGCUACAGUGACAGUGACUUUUAUGAAUGAGAGUGGAUGUGACAACAGCACAUGGUUCAUAGGAAAGAGGCUCCUGCGGGGGCGUGCUGAAACUCUAGAGGCUCCCAGGGAAUCCGAUGCAAAAUGUUUCACAUGUUCGAGGACGGAGGCUGUUGGAUGAUGUUUGUGGUUGGAGUGCAAUGGAUUUGGUAAAAAGUACGCGCACACACACGCACAAUCCAGCUGUAUCUUCUCUCUCCUGUGGCUCGUUUCUGUCUCUGCCUUAUUGAUUCCCAGAGGCUGCUGCUGCUGCUGCUUUUGGCCAAUAGGCUCCUGCAGGAGACAGUUUUUUUUUUUUGGUCAAAGGGAUGGGAGCAGAUGAAGUGAUGAGAUUCGUGUAACUUUUGGAUGACCCCUUCUUGACAAAGACAGUGUCCAUCAAUUGUCCUCAGUCAUUAUGCGCUGCUUUUAUGCCAAGGGGCUUUUUGUGUCUUUUGUUGGUUUCUCUGUUCAACACUGCGCCUUCAAGUUAGACUUUAGAAACUGAUAUGUUUGUAUUUAUGUGGAAAAAACAACCUCGUGCAACAAUAUAAGUUUAUUUUGUAAAUUUUGUAAAUUUAAAACAUAAAUAUUGAGAUACAUUUAGACUGUGUAUUUUUUAUUUUCAUUUCUCAUCUUUAUUUUCCUUUUUUCCAACGUGAAUAUGUUUAAAAGUAUUAUUAUUAUUAAUGUAUUCCCCCCGGGGUUUGAUUUAGACGCAUCUUAAGUUGUAUCAAAUUGCUCUUAGUUGUAUGUUUACUCGCGUGUGGACCUGCAUCACCUCCAUUGGCCGAUCUGGUCACAUGGUUCGCUAACUUUAUUCAGUUGACACCAAGUAGGAGGGCUUUAUGGAGGGAAGGGGAAAAAAAGACAACUCGAGAAAAAUUAGUAUUUUCUACCUUCAGAAAUUAAUGGCCAUGAGUUCGUAUAUGGUGAACUCUAAGUAUGUGGACCCGAAAUUUCCUCCCUGCGAGGAAUAUUCACAGAAUAACUAUAUACCUGACCAGGGCACGGACUUCUUCAGUCCAUCGCAGGACGCAGACUUUCAGCAUCCAGGGAUCUACCCACGGCCAAACUACACGGAGCAGCCCUUCAGCUGCACCACUGUGCAGGACUCCACGGUGCAGCCACGGGGUCAUGUGCAGGAGAGAUCCGGCCACGCGAGCCCCUUUGGCGCAGAGACUGAGACGGGGCCCCCGGUGCCCGUGGCCGGACCCCGGACUUGUGGACAGCAGCAAAACACAAAGAGUCAAAAUGGGAUACAAGCCAAGCAGCCUGCAGUAGUUUACCCCUGGAUGAAGAAAGUCCACAUUACUAAUGUGAACCCAGAUCACACGGGACCUGAGCCCAAACGGUCCAGAACAGCCUACACCCGGCAGCAGGUCCUGGAGCUGGAGAAGGAGUUUCAUUUUAACAGGUACCUGACCAGGCGGCGGCGGAUCGAGAUUGCGCACACGCUUUGUCUCUCCGAGAGGCAGAUCAAGAUCUGGUUCCAGAACAGACGGAUGAAAUGGAAGAAAGAUCACAAGCUGCCCAACACCAAGGGCAGAUCCGCACCAGCCUCCAGCCAUCUGCAGAGCAUUCAGAAGGAUAACCAGACUGAUAUCACAGCAUUAUAA